UUCACAACAUUCCUCCCGAGUCAUCCACCUCCUCUCCCUGCUCUGACUCGCCUGUGUGUGUGUGUGUGGGGGGUUUGACACGUAAAUUUGUCCCUUUCAUAGACGUGACCAGGCAGUGAAGCUCCACCUGGGGCAGGGAGAGCAGAGACAAGACUUUUCUGACCCCCUGAAUCCGUUUUAUUCUGAACAUUUUGCAGCAUGGAGGCGAGAGACGCGACUGCAGGUGCUCUUGUGAGCAGUGAUGGGGAGGAACAAACUGCAAAGAAGGAUGCAGCUCCUAAAAAAGAUACACCAGAGACCAAAAGCAAGAUGGAGAAGAUCUUUGGGUUCGGGAAGGAGGACCUGACCUCCUGGCACAGCCUGGUAACCCUCCUGAACCGCCCCACUGACCCUGCAUCCCUGGGCAUUUUCCGCUGCUUGUUUGGUUUGCUGAUGGUCAUUGACAUCACGCAGGAACGUGGCCUCAGUCACUUGGACUAUAAGUACCUGGAUGGGGCCCCUGUGUGCCGCUUCCCCCUCUUCAAUGUGUUGCAGCCACUGCCACUGGAUUGGAUGUAUCUGGUGUAUGUCGUGAUGUUCCUCGGCGCUUUGGGCAUCAUGUUUGGCUGUUUCUACCGUCUCUCCGGCCUCAUGUUCAUCUCUACGUACUGGUACAUCUUCUUUCUGGACAAAACGGCCUGGAACAAUCACUCGUACCUCUAUGGCCUCAUCGGGUUUCAGCUCACACUCCUGGAUGGCAACAGAUACUGGUCAAUCGAUGGAUUGCGGAGGCCUUCUAUAAGAAAUGCUCACGUUCCUCUAUGGAAUUACACCUUGUUGAGGACACAGAUAUUUAUUGUAUACUUCAUCGCUGGAAUCAAAAAAUUAGAUGCCGAUUGGGUGGAGGGAUACUCGAUGUCGUACCUGGCUCACCAUUGGCUUUUUGAUCCUUUCAAAGUAAUUCUCCCCGUGGAGUUAAUAAACCUGCUGGUGGUGCAUGGAGGCGGUCUUGUUCUGGAUCUGACCGCUGGUUACUUGCUAUUCUUUGAUGCCACGCGACCGUAUGGGAUUUUUUUCGUCUCCUACUUCCACUGUAUGAACUCUCAGCUCUUCAGCAUAGGGAUGUUUUCCUACACAAUGCUGGCUACCAGUCCCAUCUUCUGCUACCAAGACUGGCCAAGAAGAUUUUUUGCCCGUUUCCCAGCAUUCCUCAGGGCAGUCCUGCCGCUCACCUCCCCAGACCCUCAGCCCAGUACCUCCUGUGUUUACAAUGAGAUCCAAAGCUCCAGCACUGAACACCAGGAGACCCCGACUGUCCCCAAAGCUUCCAAAAUGAGACUAAAGCACAAGCUGGGAGCCAUUUUCACUAUUCUCUACAUAGCUGAACAGUUCUUCCUGCCUUACUCACACUUCAUCACACAGGGUUACAACAAUUGGACCAAUGGCUUGUACGGCUACUCAUGGGACAUGAUGGUUCACUCCCGCAGCCAUCAGCAUGUCAAGGUCACCUACAAAGAUGGAAAAACUGGAGAAAUUGGAUAUCUGAACCCAGGGGUUUUCACACAAAGCCGUCGCUGGAAAGACCACGGAGACAUGCUGAAGCAGUAUGGAACGUGCCUCAAUCAGUUCCUGCCCCGCUAUAAUAUCUCUGAUCCUGAAAUCUACUUUGACAUAUGGGUGUCCAUCAAUGAACGCUUCCAGCAAAGGAUCUUUGAUCCCCGGGUGGACGUUGUGAAGGCCGAUUGGUCACCGUUCAGACCAAACACAUGGCUGAUGCCUCUACUGGUGGACCUCUCUCCUUGGAGGACUAAAUUCCAGGAGAUUGAGGGCAGUUUGGACAAUCAGACUGAGAUUGUCUUUAUCGCUGAUUUUCCAGGUCUCCACUUAGAAAACUUUGUAAGUGAAGAUCUAGGCAACACCAGCAUCAAUGUGUUGCAGGGCAAAGUGAACGUUGAGAUAGUGGAGGAGAAGAAGAACUACACUCUCACACCUGGUCAGCAGAUAAAGGUUCCUGCUGGGGCUUACCAUAAGGUGUACACGGUGUCUGAAGACCCAUCUUGCUACAUGUACAUCUACGUCAACACCACAGAGGCGGCGCUACAGGUGAACUUCACCAAGCUAUAUGAGCUUCAGGAGCGUGUUCGCAAUGGGACAGAAACCGAGCCGCUUCCCCCUGAGCUGCAGCCUCUUAUCGCUGCAGACGACGAAGGGUCGGAGGUCAACGCCACCGACCCGAUCGUGCAGCUGUUCCUGAAGAGGCAGCGCCGCAUGAAGGAGGUGAAGAAGCGCAGGGAGGCCGGUGCAUUGGAGCGACUGGAGCGCUUUGCAGUGAAGAAGUACUACACGAUACGGAGGAGCUUCUUGAUGACAGCCAUCGCUAUGAGAAACCUGGCGGUGGGUCUCCCUUCUCUCGAACAGCUGACGAGAGAAGUUGCCUUCGCCAACAUGAAAGAAGCUCAGGCAGAAGCCAACCAGGAUGAGCGGCUGAAAGAUGAAGUCGGUCAUGGAGAACUUUAACGUUGUCGUCGGGACCAAAGAAAAUGUGUUGACUGGCGCACACAUUUCCAAACAGGUGUGUGUGUGUGUUGUUACUACUGGACUGGUACUGGGACGUUGCUGCCCAGAAAUCAAAAGAUUUUUAAUUUUCUAUGGUUCUGAAAUAUUCUGCAUUUGAGAUUAUUUGUGUAAAGCCAGUAUUUUGUUAUAGCAUUUGUUUACGAACCUGAAUUUCUAACAAAGGACAUGUUAUAGCUGCAGCACAACUAGAAUGCUGUUUGUUCAAUUUUGCUUAAGAAUUUUAUAAUUAUGGCUGUUUUUCAAAAAGAAAUAAAGACAACACAGACGAUUAAUAGAAAAUGCUCUAUGACAGGUGCUUUAUGAGCUGCUGGAGGAUCAUGAUUUAAAUAAGCUAAACUAUUCAACUUUUAUUCUUCUUUGUUUUUUUUUUAAUUGAAACAAGCAAGAAUGUUACUGAACAUUUUUACGUUUCAAGGGAACAUACUGACAUGAACAGGUUGGUCUAUAACUCCUCCUGCUGUUGGUUUAUUUCAAUAACUCUGUUCGAUUACUAACAUUUUAAUAUAUGCAGUAGGAUAUGUGAAGGUUUACUCCAUUUUGAGGGAAUAUAUUUCUUUUAUGCUUACCCUAUAAUGUGAGAAGAACUGACUGACAGAAAUUCAGCUCGUUAUUCAACAGCCUUUUCUAUUCCCCUUUGUAAUAAAAGUGCUUGUGGCAAUACAUUUCAUGUUUUUCUGAUUAAAAAUCAACUUGAACUCUCA